AAUAUAUAUAUAAUUAAGAGAGAAGAAAGACGUGGAAGCUUGUGGCGCUGAGGAGCGAAAGACAUCUUUCUCUCAGUUCCGCGAGACAGACAGUGAUUGAUCUCAUCUGGUAUCCAGUGAAGAAGAAGCUCUGUUGAGAGCCCUGAAUCAGUAAGAGAGAGAGAGAGAGAGAGAGAGAGAGAGAGAAUGGUGGGUUGCUGUCCACCGAUGGAUCUGUUUCGGUCGGAGUCGAUGCAGCUGGUUCAGCUCAUCAUCCCCAUCGAGUCCGCUCACCUCACCGUCGCCUACCUCGGCGACCUUGGUCUCCUCCAGUUCAAAGAUCUCAAUGCAGAAAAGAGCCCGUUUCAGCGGACAUAUGCUACCCAGAUUAAAAGAGGUGGAGAGCUGGCACGCAAGUUGCGUUUUUUUAAGGACCAAAUGUCAAAAGCAGGUUUCUCUCCAAAAAAGUCUGCACCGCAUGUUGACAUCAGUUUGGAUGACCUGGAGGUUAAACUUGGGGAACUUGAAGCAGAGCUGGUUGAAAUGAAUGCAAAUGGAGAAAAGUUACAACGAUCUUACAAUGAACUUGUGGAAUACAAGCUUGUUCUGCAGAAGGCUGGUGAGUUUUUUCAUUCAGCUCACACAAGUGCCAUUGAGCAGCAGAGAGAAUGUGAAUCACAACAAGUUGGUGAUGCAUCGUUGGAAACGCCCUUAUUGGUGGAGCAAGAAUUGUCUGCUGAUCCUUCAAAGCAAGUAAAGUUGGGGUUUCUCACUGGCCUAGUUCCUAGGGAGAAGUCUAUGGCAUUUGAGAGGAUUCUAUUUCGUGCUACCAGGGGAAAUGUGUUUCUAAAGCAAGCUGUAGUAGAUGAUCCUGUUACUGAUCCAAUUUCAGGAGAGAAGGUUGAGAAAAAUGUUUUUGUGGUUUUCUAUUCUGGAGAAAGAGCAAAAACCAAAAUUCUUAAAAUAUGUGAAGCUUUUAGUGCAAAUCGCUAUUCUUUUGCAGAAGAUCUGGGCAAACAAGCUCAAUUGAUCACUGAGGUUUCUGGAAAGCUCUCAGAGCUGAAGACUACUAUAGAUGCGGGACUGCUGCAUCGAGGCAAUUUAUUACAAACUAUUGGAGAAAAAUUUGAGCAGUGGAAUACUUUGGUGAGAAAGGAAAAAUCUAUAUAUCACACUCUAAAUAUGCUGAGCCUUGAUGUAACAAAAAAGUGUCUUGUGGCAGAGGGGUGGAGUCCUGUGUUUGCAACAAAGCAGAUCCAGGAUGCAUUAGACCGGGCAGCAUUUGACUCUAACUCGCAAGUGGGAGCAAUUUUCCAAGUUUUGCAUACAACUGAGUUGCCACCUACUUAUUUUCGCACAAACAAGUUCACUUCUUCUUUUCAGGAGAUUGUUGAUGCAUAUGGGGUGGCUAAGUAUCAAGAAGCAAAUCCUGCUGUAUAUACCAUCAUUACAUUUCCAUUUCUUUUUGCUGUCAUGUUUGGUGACUGGGGGCAUGGAAUCUGCUUGUUACUGGCAACAUUAUAUCUCUUAGUCAUGGAAAAAAAAUUUUCCAAUCAGAAGCUUGGAGACAUCAUGGAGAUGACCUUUGGUGGUCGUUAUGUCAUUUUGUUCAUGUCACUUUUCUCAAUUUACACAGGUUUGAUCUACAAUGAGUUCUUCUCUGUCCCAUUUGAACUGUUUGGUAAGUCGGCAUAUGCCUGUCGCGACCUUUCUUGCAGAGAUGCUACUACUGUGGGCUUGAUUAAAGUGCGUCGCACAUACCCAUUUGGGCUUGAUCCUGUAUGGCAUGGUACCCGCAGCGAGCUGCCAUUCCUCAACUCUUUGAAAAUGAAAUUGUCCAUUCUUCUUGGGGUGACCCAAAUGAACCUUGGUAUCUUAUUGAGUUUUUUCAACGCCAAGUACUUUGGAAAUAGGUUGAACAUUUGGUUCCAAUUUAUUCCCCAGUUGAUAUUUCUAAACAGUCUGUUUGGUUACCUGUCUGUUCUCAUCGUUGUGAAGUGGGUCAUUGGUUCAAAAGCCGACUUAUACCACAUAAUGAUAUACAUGUUCCUUAGUCCUACUGAUGAUCUGGGUGAAAAUCAGCUCUUUCCUGGUCAGAAAACUGUACAGCUUGUGCUGCUAUUACUGGCCCUUGUUGCUGUACCAUGGAUGCUGGUUCCAAAGCCAUUUCUUUUGAAAAAGCAACACCAAGACAGGCACCAAGGCCAAUCGUACACCUUAGUUGAGAGCACAGAGGAGGCCUUGCAAGUGGAGUCGAAUCAUGAUUCUCAUAGUCAUGAAGAGUUUGAGUUUAGUGAAGUUGUUGUACAUCAACUCAUACACACCAUAGAAUUUGUCUUAGGAGCAGUCUCUAAUACUGCUUCCUACCUUCGUUUAUGGGCCCUAAGCCUUGCCCACUCGGAGUUGUCAAGUGUGUUCUAUGAAAAAGUUCUCGUUCUUGCUUGGGGGUAUAAUAAUAUAUUUAUUCUCAUAGUGGGAAUCAUCGUCUUUGUCUUCGCCACUGUUGGUGUUUUGUUAGUGAUGGAAACUCUCAGUGCUUUCCUACACGCAUUGCGUCUUCACUGGGUGGAGUUUCAGAACAAGUUUUAUGAGGGGGACGGUUACAAGUUCUUUCCAUUCUCAUUUGCAUUGAUUGAAGAUGAGGAUGAGUGAUGCUCCAAAUGGAAUAAUAGGCCACUGUUGUGAAUUUCGAGUGUGGAUAUAGGGGUAUGGACCUAAGUUGAUUCUUUCAUUUGAACUUUGGCAAGAAGGCAAUUGGAAAUGCACCUUGUUGGGGAGGGAAUUAACGGAGCUUUUCAGAUUGAGUACACCUCCCCUUGUGCUUGUUUAUUUGUUAUUGAUAGGAAUAAGUAGCUAUUUGGCCGAUUGCUUGAUUUGUGGUAGCUUUAUUGGCCGAGUGUAUUAAUAAAUUUCUUCAGUCAGCUUUCUAUUUAUAUUAUAUAUAAUAAUAUUAUGAUGUUUGUUUCA